AUGUCGCGGUACAGUCAUGACUAUAGUCAUAUAAAAAUAUUGGACGGAGAACUGGAUGAAAUUAAUAAGAUCGAUGUUGAAAGCAGCGAGAGUAUACUUGGGGAGAAAAUUUUACAAAUCAAAAAUGAAGAUGAUAGCUUGGAAUUUAGUACAAUAACAACCGUGGGGAAACCUCCGCAGAAAAUUACUGUAUCCAUCGAAAGUAACAAUUUCCAUACAAUAAUUGUCAUCGCCUUAGUUAUCAUAGUGUUUAUUAUGUACAUUUUAGGACCUUUAAUAUUAAUAACUAUUAUAGGUGUAUUUUUAAUAGAUGCAGCUAAUCGAAAAAAUAUAAAAUGUUAA